AUGUGCACAUCCGCAAAAAGUGUACAAUUUUUGGGAUUCGCAAGCCCAACAACGAUGAGCAAGAAGAGCAAUGUGUGGCAGUUCUUCUACAAGGCCUCCGAUACGGUGGCCACCUGCUGUAUUUGCAACAGAAACUACUCAAGGAAGGGCCGCGGCACUACCUGCUUGCGGAACCAUUUGAAGAGCAAGCACCCAGGAGAGUUCCUAACUCUCUCCGAAGACAUCAAGUACCUGGAUUUGGUGAAGAGAGAGAUCUCUAACAGCUCUCCACAGCAUCCCACGACGCAGUUGGAGUUAAAUUUGCACGAAUCAGAUCCAGAUCCUUUGGACACCGAAGGCGUUUCCUGCAGUGCGCGCUGUGAUGAGAAGUUGGCACUCAUGCUUUUAAACCACUCCUUUGAUUUCAUUGAAGGACCCGGGUUCGUAAAUUUUGUUAGAGUGCUGCAGCCGAGAUAUGUGAUCCACUCAAGGAGUUACUAUGAGAAUAUACUGUGUAAGGAUAUACACAUGAAAAUGCAACAGCACAUUAAGGAGCAGGUGGAUCUGCUGGAUGCUGUCUCGUUAUCUACUAGUCUUUGGCGGGGUGACAAAGGUGAAGGACUGCUGAGCCUGUCUUGUUCUGGAAUAUCAAUGGAUUUUCAGACGCACCGCUUUGUGUUGAAGUGUGAGGCUUUAAAUUACGAAAGGACUUCUAAAGUUGCAUGUUGUAUUCGAGAUCUAAUACCCAGCUUGGCGAUAGAGGUUCCCAAAGAGAAGACACAUUGCAUCAUCAGGGAUGAGAUGACGGCUCUGCCAGGAUCACUGCCCGAUUGCUGUGUUAAUCGUCUGCAGAUGUGCGUGAGAUUUGCUUUACAGUCGAACGAAUCGCUUCAGAAUCUGUCAUCGAAGUGCAAGCAAAUAAUUGACCAUUUUGCUUCUUGUAAGAUGGCCCACGAUCAUCUAAAAUUUAUUCAAGAGAUCCGCCUAACGAGAGAUCCGUGUACACUUUUACCUCAUGAUUCUUUUAAAUGGAAUUCAACCUUCCAGAUGAUGGCCAGCGUGUUCAAGAUGAAAGAUGCUAUCUCCCUAUAUUGCGAACAGUACAGUCUGGUUCAAAUAUAUCCUGAUGAAUGGGUAGACAUUGAUUUGUGCAACAAAGUAAUGCAACCUUGUGAGGAAAUUAUUAGGAUCUGGAGUAAUCCAUCAACGUCAACAUCUUCGGUAAUUCCACUAGUGGCCGCUUUGCGGGAUUCACUUCGAACAGAUGUCCACAAUUUUGUUUCCUCUGUGACUAUUUGCAGUUUUGCAAGAAAGUUGCUUGAAGAACUGGAAAUGAAGUUCUCCCAUGUCACCAGCGACAUUAAAUUUUUGAUGGCCACCUAUUUGGAUCCGAGGUAUAAGCAAGCCUUCUUUACCGAGCGAGAGGAGCAGUUGGUGGCCAACGAAGUUUUGCAGCUGCUCGCCAGAGUGCAAGAAGACCGCAAUGGCCAGAUGCCUUUGAAAAUAAUCAAAGUAACAGCCCCAAUAUCCGAUAAAAAUGAAUCAAAGAUUGACAGUAUACUUGACAAUAUGCUGACGACUGGCUCUACUAAUUCUCAACAGGCAACAACAUCGUUUGGCUCCCAUUCGCAGAUUAAGAAUCUACUAUAUUUAUAUAACUCCGAGCCUAGAAUAGAUAGGAACAUGGAUCCCUUGAUGUGGUGGAAGACAAACAUAAAAUACAGUUCUAUGUAUGCCAUAGUUCGAAAAUAUUUAUCAGCUCCAGCCGCAAGUGUGGCUAGUGAAAGCUUAUUUAGGGAGUCCGCACACUUGUUUUGCGAUAUGAAAACGGGAUUAAGCUUCGAAAAUGCAUCUAAAAUAUUGCUAAUAAAGUCUAACUUUAUAUAUUGGGACAGCAAGGAGUAAUGUUAAUAAUAAGAUGUAAACUUUAAAUACUUUAUGUUCAUAAUUUAAGCAUUAAACUUAAAACUAGUUGAUCGCCCGGAA